AUGUCAAUGAGUGAAGGACCGGGUAUUAUGGGUGCCCUCUACGAAUUCCAACAUUUUCACAGUGAGGGGCAAAAUGUUCCACUGGAUAAAUCGACUGUGGAAAUGGGCUGGAUGGGAGAAAAGCACAUCAAUCCAUACAUGGCAGAUAAUAAAGCGCUUGGCAGAUUGGACUUCGAGAAAAUACAAACCAAAGCAGCUUUCCAUCUGUGGCCAGACAUUUAG